GAUCUCGGCAACGGUGAAUGCCUUUACUGCCAUCAUCCAUUAAACCAACCAACAACAACCAUUACCUCAGUCGACGGCGAAUAUCGAGGGAACAGAAUUAUGGAAAAAAAAAAAAAAAGAAAGAAAGACGCGUUUCAUCGACGCAUUCGACACACGAAAGUUCAGAUGUCAAUUUUUAUGCAAAUCAUUUUCGAUAGUCGGUGCUUUGAGAGAAUCCUUUAAAAAGUUGUCUAUUAAAUUCAUUCUUUUUAAUCAUUUCUACGAAUUUAUCAAAAGAUUAGAAUUAAUCAUACAUUAUAUACAGGAGGGUGUUUCAACUAGUUUAUUUCUAUUUCGAGUACGUAAAAAUGUUCGUACAAAUGUUAACCAUCAGUUUGAAAUUUUGAAAGAAAUGUUAUCUUUUUUAUUUUUUAUUUUUAUUUAUUGUUCUCUUUCUCUUAUAUUAUUUUUUCAAAAUUCAUGGGACCCGCGCAUAUUUCAUAGCGCUUUUACGAAGGUCGAUAGCCUUAUCUCUGGCGUGUACCGGCGUCUUGUUCUUCCAGUACAUACUUAUACGUAUGUAAUACGUGUAAAUAUACUCACAUAUAUCGCAUAUGUAUAUUUAUAUUUGUAUAUUUUAUCCAUGUACAUUGAUUCGUAUAAUGUACAAGUAUAAAUAUGCAUAUAUAUUAUAACGGAUGUACAAUUACUAUUGUUGGUCAGUGUGCCAAGAAUGCGUUGAAACCGUAAGUCAGUGUAUUUAGAUUUUACGAGAGAAAACCAAGUGGAGUUCUACGAGAUUUUCCAAAGGUGGCAAUGAUCAUUAAAACAUUGUUAUGAUUAAAACGAUGAUCGUCUGGACUUUAACCGUUUAUUCGUGUAUUUCCUCCUCACGAAUGAAUAAUGCAAUGAGGUUUCGAUCGUAUAUUUUAACAAGAAUCUUAGGACAUGAAAUAUUCGAUCUCGAUGCUUGCAAAUAUUGUGCCCGAAUUGAUACAUUUACUUUGUACAAACUAAUAGGGUUUAAUAUUUAUUUAUUUAUUUAUUUAUUUAUUUAUUUAUAUAUUUAUUUAUUAUAAGGAUUACAUCGAUUGUAAGAAAUUAAUUUUUUUCCCAAGACAAAAUCUCAUAGAUUUUUAUUAUUUCUCUGACGAUUUAUUGUAAAGAAGAAUGAUUAAUGGACAUGACUCUAGAAAUCUUUACUCUAGAAUCUCUCGUAUCUUUGUCUCUCCUCUCUUACCUUCCUUUGCUCUAAAAAUUUGUAUAUAUAUAUAUAUAUAUAUAUACACACACCACACGCAUACACAUAUUUCAAUUCCGUUUUCGUGUGAUAUGGUACAUAUCGUUGUUAAUGAGAUGAAAAGAAAAAAGAAAACUUUGUUGAAUUUGCUACCUGUCUAAGUAUAAAAAAGAGAGAGAGAAAGAGAUAUAGAGACUAGAGAACACACCAGCGUGGCCUUGACACGUUUCAUUUCUUUCCCUUUUUCUAAGAAAAACAAAUUGAAAACAAAAUUGAAAAAAAAACGCUUUACGUAGUAAAAUUAUUGUCGACUCAAAUUCAAUUAAAGUAAUUUACAUUGACCGAUGAAUAUUCAGAAGUGAGAUAAUUGAUUAAUUAACAUUGCAUGUAAUUAUGCAAUGAAUUCUUUAACAUGGAAAAACCAAUAGGAUCAUUGUUGAUGCUAUUUUCUCUUUUUCUACGAUUAGUACUUUACUAAGUACUAGUUUUGUUCUUUUUCUUUUCUUUUUAUUUUUUCGUUCUUUCUCUCUUUUUAAUGAAACGAACGAAGGCAAUAAGAAACUAGCUAGUUAAUGUCGACUCGACGUGUACUUUUUUACAACUUCUUAUUCACUAAUUCUCUCAUAUCGUACAAACUUUAACAAAUAAAAAAGAAAAGAGACCAAAUCGAAAGAAAAGUAAAAUUUGUAUUGUUCUCUUAUUAGAGAUUAUUAUUAGGACAAAUUCGAGUUACGAAAAAAAUGAAAGAGAGACAGAGAGGGAGGGAGGGAGAGAGGACGUCACUCGCGUUACGUGUCAAAAUCAAAAAUUAUUCGUGCGGGAGAAAAAAGCGGCAAUAAGAUAAAUAAUAAAAAUGCGCAGUCUUCCAAGAUCGUCGCGUUUAGGAAAGCAGAGGAAAUAAAAAGAAUAAAAUAAAAUAAAAUAAAAUAAAAUAAAAUAAAAUACAUGAAUCGGGAAUCGAAACUCGCGUUGACUCUAAAACAUUACAUAGUCAAGUUAUGUAAAUAUACGUGUAUGUUAUGUGCAUACUAUUUAUAAUAUAUACUACGCAUACACACACACGCGCGCGCGCGCACACCACACAUAUAUAUAUAUAUUUUUUCAAUCUAAUCCGAGUGAUCUUCCUCGUCUUAUUGAAAAAGGAAAAAAAAUAAAAAUAAAACCAAUAAAGAACUUGUUUCCGACAUUGUUCUUUAAUUAAUAUACACUUGUGAUUUCUUUUUUACAUAUAAAGAAGGGAAAAAAAGAAGAUCCAGCAAAUUACUCUUUAAAGAAUGAUAAAUGAUUGCCGAAUUACCUCGAUUCCACGAUUUCGAUUCUUUUCGCUCGAUAUAUCAAUGCGAAACUCGAAAAGAAUCUCUUUCUUUUUAAAUAUAUAUGCAUACAUAUAGGUGUGUAUAAUAUAUAUAUAUAUAUAUAUAUAUAUAUAUCACACUGACACACGUGUAGUAUAUAUUUCUUUUGUAAAUAGUUUCCUCUUAAGCGAUCUAAGCCUUAUUCUAACCGGACGAAGAUACUCUCGGUGAGAGUAAUUACAAGAGUUAAUCGAUCAAAUUUCAUUAACGAUAUGAUAUCGAAUCUAAACCGUGCAAGAUAGAUCGUCAAUUUUCCCGUAUAUAAUGAUAUAAUGUAUAAAUUUGUUUGUAUUCUUUUUUCAAAUUUUACUCACACAUGCGUAUGAUGUACUAUACGUGUCUGGACAGCAAGUUAACAAUUAGAAAAUCAUUUAGAGAAGAAAAUACGUCACGGUUUCGAUCGUCGAUAUCGACUUAUUUCUCUAGAGAGAUUUAGAAAUUAGAUUUAGAUCUUAGAAUCCCACUCUCGCAAAAUUUCGUCGUUUGUGCGAAUAUUAACUAUUCGAUAUUAGAUAAGAUAAGGAAGAAAAAGUAAUCGUUGUUUGUAUCAAGAGACGUUGUGAAAUUUAUUCCUUUCGACGAAAAAUUGCAGAAUCCGGAACACACUUCCUUGUAAUUUAGCAUAUGUAGCAGGUAGAAAGUUAUCUUAAAUAGAAAAGAAAAAAAAAAGGAACAAAAAAAAAGGAAGAUACUUUAAUCGCUGAUUAUCGUUAACCGUACACGAAACGUAAUUAUUGCGAGUAGUACUCCAAUAUUUCUCCUUUCGUCGAAUGUAUUUCUCCAUACGUUGUCAUUAGUAUUGUAUUAUCAUUAUUAUGAAUUACUCGUUUCAAUGUUUGAUAUCGACAACGUCUAGAAAGUCGAAAGGAUUUUGUUGAAGAGAACGAGAGUCGAUUUUUCGGACGUUCGAGAUAUCGAACGUGUUCUCUAUUUAAAAAACACUAUGUAUGUAUGUAUAACGUAGAAUAGUAUUCGUUUCGUUUACUCCUAAAGGAAAGUAUUCCUUUUUCUUUUUUACCGAGAUUAUUUUCGCACACGUAAAGGGUUGAAAACCUGUAUCGCAUUAUUAUUAUUAUUACCAUUACUAUUAUUUAUGUAUCGUUUGUUUCCGUAUCGUCGAAAUAAAUCGACAACGUAGUUAAAUCUUUUGAACCCGUGAACACGUAUGUACCAAGUGGCAACGAUUUCAUAUUGUUUCUCCAUUUUAUUGAUACAAGAAGUAUCAAUCGAUCGACUUGGAAUUAGAAUUAAAUUCUAAUACGAUUCGUUCGACCCGCUUGACGAUUGUCGGCUACAUAAUCUCUAAUAAUUUCUAAUCUUGUAUUUAUAAUUUGUUUUCCUCCCAUUUUUAAGACUGAUGCUAGAUCGUUGCCAGUAGAGAAAACCCCCGAAUUCCGUAAAAAGUACAGCUAUCAUAGAACGCUAGUUAGACACAACCAAAUAGUGAGAAAAUAUACGUAGCGACUGUGCGUUAUCGAUAAAAGCUAUACUUUGAUUAUUAGCUAAGAUUUGAAAAGACAAUUAAUAAUUAUUUAUAUAUAUAUAUAUAUAUAUAUAUAUAUAUAUAUAUAUAUGUAUGUAUGUAUGUAUGUAUGUAUACAUGAUUAUGCAAACACAAUCCACACACCACACAUAUAUAUAUGUAUAAUACAUAUUAGCGAGUAGUAACGAGAAUGGACAAACGAGAAAGAGAUGCGAGAGCGACAGGACGGAGAAAGGAUUGUAAGCGAGAGAAAAAAAAGAAAAGAAAGAAACGAAAAGAAGAAGAAGAGAAAGAGAACAAAUAAUUACCAACGUAUUUACUGCAGGUAAACUGAUUAACUGUGUACCUGUUGUUGUUGAAAACAUUAAAAAUACUCUUAUUCCAUGCUAA